AUGCACGCAGAAGACGAAAACGGACCUGAUGUCGAAGAACAAGAUGCUAUCGAUAAGGCUACUCAACAACGCUAUAGAGUUUGGAAGAAAAACUGUCCGUUCAUGUACGACUACGUCUCGACCCACUCGUUACUAUGGCCUUCAUUGACUGUCCAAUUCUUCCCAGAUUUGGAGAGUUCCCAAGUCGAGAACGUCAAAGACCCUCAAUCACAGCUUGUCUCUCAGAGACUUCUUCUAGGAACGUUUACGUUGGGCCAAGGUACAGAUAGUGUGUCGAUCUGGCAACUACCGUACUACAGAGAUUUGAACCAAUGCAUUACCGUGGAUCUGCUCAAUUAUAAUGCAGACAAACAGGAGUUUGAGCUUCCAGCGGUUUCGAAAAACAAGCUUAGAAAUAUCCAAUCGAUCAAUCACUGGGGUGAUGUCAAUAAGCUUCGAUACAUGUCUCAAAACCCAGACGUGAUUGCGAGUUCCAACAAUAUGGGUGAUUUGAUCGUCUACAACAGAACAAAACACUCAAAUAUAAAGAUACUUGGUAAUGAGAAUGAAAUUAACGAACCUCAACUACGUUUAGUCAACAAGGCCAAGCCUUUUGGUGGGGACAUAUUUGCGUUUGACUGGAACAAGCAGACUGAAGGUGUGAUUACUUCUGGUUGCAUGGAUGGAACAAUUAAUCUACACGACAUCAAGUCGGGCUUCACGAAUAAAGACGUCACUGCUAUUGAUGUUACGCGGUAUUAUGAAACUGGAGAUGCUAUUAAUGACAUUGAAUGGCUUCCUAAUCAUAAUUCCCUCUUCCUUGCAGCAGGCGACUCUGGAAAACUAGGACUCUUUGAUACAAGAAGCGAAAGCUCGAAUGCUGUUGCUACGUAUAAUUCCGGUGCCGCCUGCAACUCUAUAUCUGUCAGCACAAACGGUAUCACUCUAGCAUCUGGACACAGCGAUGGUUCAGUUAAUAUCUACGACAUUCGUGCCUUAAACACAGAUGUGGGAAGCUUACUUAAAUUGAACCCUCAUUCCGAUGCUGUAACGCAGGUGAGGUGGCAUCCUAAAUUUGCCAGCGUUUUGGGAAGCUCUUCCACUGACAGACUGGUCAAACUUCAUGAUCUUGGGCGCUCCGAGAACAAUAAUGGCCUUUUGUUUAGUCACGAAGGACACAUGCUUGGAGUCAACGACUUCGACUGGUCCCUCCAUGAAGAUUGGAUGGUGGCCAGUGUUGCAGAUGAUAACUCUCUUCACGUCUGGAAACCUGCUGAGAAAGUGCUACAUAGUCUUUAG